UAAUAGUCGCCCAUCAUGCAAAAAGUUCCUUUAUAAGGCCGGGCCGAGGACCACUUGGACACAAUUCGUUCCAGCCAUCUGCACGAGCACCUACCUUCGAGCAGCAUACCUACGGAACACCGUCGUCGUCUUCGUCAGAUAACCACCAAAAUCAUCUCCAAUAUGAAGGUCUUAUGUAUCACUUUACUUUUGGUCGCCUCGGCGUUCGCUGAAACCAAGGAACAGCCGACGAAACGUAGCUACGAAUUUGGACACGCUGGAUCCUCUCUAGGAUACGGAUCUGGUUAUGGAUACGGAUCUGGAUUUGGAUACAAAUCUGGAUAUCAAUCAGCAUACCCAUCAUCCUACUCAGCUUACUCAGGUGCAUACCCCGCAGUGUCAUACUCAUCUUACCCAGCCGUUUCCAAAGCCUCAUACUCAGCCUACUCUGGUGCCUACCCAGCAUCUUACUCCGCUAACUCUGCUGCCUUCCCAGCAUCUUACUCGUCGUCUGCCUUCCCUGCAUCUUACUCAGCCAACUCUGUAGCCUACCCAGCAUCCUACUCCGCUAACUCUGCUGCCUUCCCAGCAUCUUACUCGUCGUCUGCCUUCCCGGCAUCUUACUCCGCCUACUCCGCUGCCUACCCAGCAUCUUACUCCGCUAACUCUGCUGCCUUCCCAGCAUCUUACUCUGGAUACUCCGCUGCCUACCCAGCAUCUUACUCGACCUACUCAGCUGCAUCUCCGGCUACCUCUUUCUACAGUGCCUCCCCAGCAUCUUACUCAGCUCACUCUGCUGCAUACCCAGCAUCUUACUCAGCAUACUCCGCUGCCUACCCAGCAUCUUACUCGACCUACUCAGCUGCAUCUCCAGCCUCAGUAUACGGUGCUUACCCAGCAUCUUACUCUGCAUACUCUGGAGCAUCUCCUUUGGCAUAUUCUGCCAACUCUGCUGCUGCCGUGAACAGCGCUGAAUUCGUAUCAAGCACAGUUGCACCAAAAGCUGCAUCUUACGGCGCAACAGAAUACUUGGGAUCUCAGACUUUCAACAUCAACAAAAAAUAGACGACGACAAAAUAUUUAUGAAACGAAAACGUAACAAUGCUAAUCAAUGAAUAAUGUGUGUUUUUAGAAUUAUAUUCUAAAUACAAAAUAAAAUAAAAAAUAAAUAAAUACAUUUAUUUUAAAA